GCAGGCGCAGUAGCGGCAGAGACGGGGACGCGCACGCAGUGACAGUGGGCUUGGGCUGUGGCCUGGUAGUCGGUGUACUGACGACGAGUAUGACCCGUUUAUAAGGGAGGACGGGAUCUGCCUCCGGUAUGGAGUUCGCUGAGCUUAUCAAGACGCCCCGGGUGGAUAAGGUGCUGCUUCACAGACCUUUCCACCCGACAGUGGGCGGUACCUUGUGUCUGACGGGUCACCACCUGAUCCUGAGCUCCAGGCAGGACAACAGUGAGGAGCUGUGGCUGCUGCACUCCAAUAUCGACUCUAUAGAGAAAAGGUUUGUCGGCUCCUCGGGGACCAUUACCAUCAAAUGCAAGGACCUGCGUAUAAUCCAGCUGGAGAUCACCGGGAUGGACGAAAGCCUGAACAUCGCCAGCUCCAUAGAGGCCUUAUCCACGCUGGACUCCAUCACGCUGAUGUACCCCUUCUUCUACAGACCCAUGUUUGAGGUGACAGAGGACGGCUGGAACUCUUUUCCUCCUGAACAAGCGUUUGAGCUUCUCUCCGCAGAGACUGAAGACUGGAGACUGAGUGAUGUGAACCGAGACUACUCUGUCUGUCAGUCCUACCCCGCCGUACUCAUUGUACCCAAGACCAUGGACGAUGAGUCUCUGCGUAAGGUGGCGGCAUUCCGUCAAGGGGGGCGAUUCCCAGUACUGAGCUAUUAUCACCGGAAGAACGGUAUGGUGAUGAUGCGCAGCAGCCAGCCGCUCACGGGCACGAAUGGCAGACGUUGUAAGGAGGACGAGAAGCUUAUUAACGCCACUUUGAGACCCGGAAAACGAGGCUACAUCAUAGAUACCCGCUCGCUGAACGUGGCCCAGCAGGCCAGGGCCAAGGGCGGCGGCUUUGAGCAGGAGGCGUAUUACCCCCAGUGGAGGAGGAUUCACAAGUCCAUUGAACGAUUUAACAUUCUGCAGGAGAGUCUAAUAAAACUGGUGGAGGCCUGCAACGAUCAGUCCCACAACAUGGACCGCUGGCUCAGCAAACUGGAGGCCUCCAACUGGCUGACACACAUCAAGGAGAUCCUGACCACCGCCUGCCUGGCAGCCCAGUGCAUCGACCGGGAGGGGGCUUCCGUCUUGGUGCACGGAUCGGAGGGCAUGGAUUCCACGUUACAAGUGACCUCGUUGGCCCAAAUUAUUCUGGAGCCCAAGUGCAGAACCAUCCGUGGGUUUGAGGCCCUGGUAGAGAAGGAGUGGCUACAGGCUGGUCAUCCAUUUCAGCACCGCUGUGCCCAGUCUGCCUACUCCAACAGCAAGCAGAGGUGGGAGGCCCCAACGUUCCUGCUCUUCCUGGACUGUGUGUGGCAAAUCCUCCGCCAGUUCCCCUGCUCCUUUGAGUUUAAUGAGAGAUUCCUGGUUACUCUGUUUGAGCACGCCUAUGCCUCUCAGUUUGGCACCUUCCUGGGCAACAAUGAAUUUGAGAGGAGUAAGCUGAAGCUAAAGCAGAAGACACUGUCCCUCUGGUCCUGGGUGAACCAACCCAAUGAGAGCCACAAAUUCACUAACCCCUUGUAUGAAGCCAAUGGACUGGUCAUCUGGCCCUCUGUGGCCCCCCAGAGUCUACUCCUGUGGGAAGGGGUGUUCCUGCGCUGGAAUAGAUCCUCAAAGUACCUGGAGGACGCCUACGAGGAGAUGGUCCACAUCAUAGAGUACAACAAGGAGCUUCAAGUCCGAGUAAACGCAUUAAGGAGGCAGCUAGCUGAACUGGAGACAGAAGAUGGGAUGCUGGAGACCCCUUAAUGUGGACGUCCCCUGACCAGCCUGUCCCCCGCCCCGGAGUGGGCUAUAUGUUUACACUAUCUGUCCUGCAUGCACUACAGUUAUCUCUGGUGCAAUCCGUAUAUAAUUCUGUGACUAGGGACCAAGGAGCGCGCAUCAUGGGAGCCGAACUUAACCCUUCAUGUGAACUCCUGUGCCUUGCUUUUGUUGGUACAUCUCGGUGAUUUGAUGAUGGACAUUCUUGACCAUUCUGCUUCAUGUUGUGCAUGCUGGGAUUGUUUGGGCAGUAUGGAACCAUUAUGUGCCCGGUAGACCCUCCUGCAUGUUACAGGAAGUGUAGACCCCAGGGUCCAGGUCUGUGGCAUCUGCAGAGCAUCGCGGCUCAACAUGCAAACUUGGAGUGUCUGAUCCACCGUUCUGGGGGGGGCUUCUGGUUUUAUUUAAAGGAGCAUUCCUUUUGUUAAAAGUUAUCCCCUACCCACAGGAUAAGGGAUAACUAUUAGAUCGAUGGGGGACUGCGGGGAACCGCACCGUUCACAAACACAGACGAAUGGAGCAGCCAAUCGGUCAUGUGUGCGGCCGCUCCAUUCAUCUCUAUGGGAGAUGAAUGGGCAUGUGGGAGAGCUGCAGGGGGUAUGGGGCCCCUGUUCUUAUGAUCAGGGACCCAGCGGUAGGACCCCCACCGAUCUCAUAACAGGAUAGGGGAUAACUUCUAACAACCGGAAUACCCCUUUAAAUGAUGCUUAAUAAUUGCAUAAUGAUCAGUUUGGCCACUUUCUAAUAUACUUUGCAUUGUAUUCCGCCACCAUUUUCAAAGUUUCUGCUUGCUGUCAGUAAAUGGCAAUUUUCUCAUUUACAUCCACAGGCCCGAAAACCCAUCUUGAUCAUGGCCACCUACCACAUGUAGGGCUAGUUACAGUGUAUUGCAGCUGUGCUUGCAUGUUUUGUCAGUUUUUCUUUUUUUUAGCCUAUGAAUACUUCCAUUCACUCACAGCAAUCAGAGAUCUUGAAAACGGUGAGGAAUGAAAGCCUAGUAUGCAGAACUUUGUACAUACAGGAUUAUCAUUGUAUAAUAGACCUUACAUACUCUGUUUUAAUGUUUCUGAGAUCCCUGUUUGCAGUCAGUGAAUAGAAACAUUCUCAUUUACAACUAGAAGCUGACAAAUAUGCAAAGCUACAGCAGUGAUACACUGUGCACACGUUUUGGGGGGGGGGGGGGGGUUCAUGAUUGUUUUUUCAGCCUCUGGAUGUAAAUGCGACUCUUUCUAUUCACUCGCAGCAAACAGAGAUCUUGAAAAUGGGGAGGAAUUGAAACAGAGAAUGUUACAAAGUUGCAGAAAUUUUAUCUUUUUAUUAACAUGCGUUGAUAAAGCCGUACUUAGGAAAAAUCCCUUGAAGCCUGCUGUAUAAUGUGUUCCUUGCACUGCAGUGAAUCUACCACCAGGUGGCAGUAGGAUAUCGCUCAGCACUUUCGGCCCCUGCCCCCCGCUCUUCACCUACUAUUGUAAUUUUGCACUAGGUUUGAGUUCAGUUGCUAUCCAGUUCUUGUUUUUCUGUAAAUGUGAAGUGUACAUAAAGCAGUGAUGGCGGCUGUCCCGUAGAUUUAGGCGGCAGCCGCCCGUCUCCUGCGGCGCGUGAUUCUCUGUGAUGAAAUAGACAUGAUCUGAAUAUAAUGAUAUUAAAAGACGACAUUCCAGAUUGA